AUGGACACGUUGAUCGGCCUACGGGGCAAGGAUUUCGCGGUGGUGGCAGCGGACAAGUAUGCGAACAGCUCCAUUGUGCGCAUGAAGAAAGAUGAAGAUAAGCUGCUGGUUGUUGACGACGACAAACUCCUGGCUCUGUCUGGGGAAGUCGGCGACCGAGUGCAAUUCGGGGAGUACAUCCGCAAAAACGUGCAUCUCUACAGACUCAGGUCCGCCGCCUCGUCGAAGGCUUUCUCCCUUGCUGCAGCUGUUGCUGCAGCUGUUGCUGCAGCAGGCAGCGCUCGCGCACUGGAGGAUGCAGACGCAGCUUCCGUGACGGAAGACGCCGCUGCAACCGAUGAAGCCUCUAAUUUUGCGCCAGCGGCGGCUCCUCCUGCUGCUGCUGCUGCUGCUGCUGCUGCUGCUGCUGCAACUGCUGCAGUUGCUGCAGCACGGCCAAGGCUUGGUUCUGCGGCUCCCCUUGCUCUGUAA